AUGGAGUCAGAGUCAGAGCCAGAGAUGCAGAUUGAGAAAUACGAUUCGCGAACGAAGCAGAGAGGAUAUGGAAUUUGGAAAGUUACACAAGCUACGACGUCGAAAAUACAUCUAUUCACAUUCGCAUUAAAUUCUGUCGAACAAGGAAGGAAGGGAAUCUCAUGGAAACCGAAAUUCAUUCAAUUUAUACUUCAAUUGCUCUACGCAGCAUUCCGCAAAAAGGUCCUCUUCCUCGAACAAAAGCGUGGCGGUGGUGGUAAAUAAAUAGAUCAAUCACAAUCACAAUCACAUUCGUAAAUCUAUCUAUCCAUCCACCUAUCAAUCAAUCAAUCAAUCAAUCA